AAGUCCACAACACAAGCAAACACUCCGGCAUAGCAGAGCUAGAGAUAAAGAGAUCGACAUGAUGUUCCCAUCACCAGGGGGUGCGGCGAUGGCGCUGGCCCACGGCCAAGCAGCUUCCACGGGCGCAACGACCGCCGGCGGCACCGCGACCGCCAUAACCUUCAGCUUCCAGCCCUCCGAUCCUCCUGUGAACGGCGGCCUCUCCCACCACCAUAGCCUCCUAGGUUACAGCCCCCUCGUACUAGACCACCCAACCACCACUACUUCCUCCUCCACCAUCCCUACCGCCGCUCCCACACUUCACCACAUCCAUGCUCAUGCCGGAGCCAUCCAUCCUGCAAGGUCAUCCCCUCCACAUCCAUGGUCUUGCGAGGAAGCUGAUCGAGAAAGGCAGAGGGGGAAGGGCGCGGUGGCAGGCAUGGGGAUUAACAGCGCGGCGGCCGGCGGAAGUGGAGGUGGUGAACGGUCACACGGGUCGUCGGCGGCGGCUGCGGGGAUGGGGGUCGGCGCGGUGAGGAUGAAGAAGGCGGCGGGGGGAGGAGCGGUGAAGGCGCGGCGGAAGGUGCGGGAGCCGAGGUUCUGCUUCAAGACCAUGAGCGACGUCGACGUGCUCGACGACGGCUACAAGUGGCGCAAGUAUGGCCAGAAGGUCGUCAAGAACACGCAGCACCCACGGAGCUACUACCGGUGCACGCAGGACAAGUGCCGGGUGAAGAAGCGGGUGGAGCGGCUGGCGGAGGACCCGCGCAUGGUGAUCACCACCUACGAGGGGCGGCACGUCCACUCCCCCUCCCGGGACGACGACGACGCCGCGCGCGCCAGCGCCGAGAUGAGCUUCAUCUGGUAGCAGCAUGCGCUGCACUGCCCAGCCGCGUGCGCCCGGCUAGGGCCAGGCCACCCACCCACGAACGCUCCAUGCAUGCAUGCGUGCUUUUACUGUACCGUAGUGCUGUUGUUGUUGUAUAGUCAGGCUGGUAGCAGCUUAGCAGUUGGUAUGUACGUACACUGAUUAAGCUGUAGCGGCAAUAAGACGUACGUUGCGUACGCCGAGGUUAUCUGUUGGUGUUGGGGCUCUGGUUGGGGUCUAGUGGUGAGUGGUGGGGCUGAAGCCUCAAGUUAGCAACCUGCAAGUUACCUGGGAUCUGGUGAAGAAAAAGUGGAAACGUGUAGUACAUGGCAGCCAGCGUAACUUGCGGCGUCUCUCUUUUGUGUGUUCUGUAUGUAUACUUCAGGGUGUAGGCUCCUGCUGAAAUCAUUGUCGUA